AAUUAAAAAGUCAACAACACCCACAAGAAUUCCCAUCAAUAAUCUCUUAUCAGCAUAUUUAAUUCGCGACUUUAUUGUUGAUACACGUUGCAGGUGCGUUCGUAAUGCCUCUAGACCGCAUUCCGUGCGAGUCUAGUCAGCAUGAUGACUGUUAACAACCCGUUUCUGUACAUUUGGUCAAAUGCGCAGAUGACGAACCAGGCGUCUCCCGUGGAGGAGCAGGAAAAGCUGCUGGAUGAGGCGCUGAACGUCGUCAAAGUUCAGGCGUUUCAGAUGAAAAGAUGCCUGGACAAGUCGAAGCUGAUGGACGCGCUGAAGCACGCCUCCACCAUGCUCGGGGAGCUGCGGACCUCCCUGCUCUCGCCGAAGAGCUACUACGAGCUCUACAUGGCUAUAACCGACGAGCUCCGGCACCUCGAGCUGUACCUGCUGGAAGAGUUCCGCCGCGGCCGCAAGGUGCCGGACUUGUACGAGCUCGUGCAGUACGCCGGCAACAUCGUGCCGCGGCUCUACCUCCUUAUCACUGUGGGCCUCGUGUAUAUUAACACUAAUACUAGCCUGCGUCGAGAUCUGCUUAAGGAUCUGGUAGAGAUGUGUCGAGGCGUCCAACACCCGCUGCGCGGGUUGUUCCUCCGCAACUACCUGCUGCAGUGCACCCGCAACGUGCUCCCGGACUCACACGAGCCCGAGAACGAGAAUGAGGGCACCGUUCGUGAUGCCAUCGACUUCAUUCUGAUGAACUUUGCGGAGAUGAACAAACUGUGGGUCCGAAUGCAACACCAAGGGCACUCGAGGGACAAGGAGCGACGGGAACGCGAGCGCUCGGAGUUACGAAUCCUCGUCGGAACUAAUUUAGUGCGUCUCAGCCAACUGGAGUGCGUCACUGUUGCCGAAUAUAAGCGCUGCGUGCUACCCGCCAUCUUGGAACAAGUCGUGUCUUGUAGGGACGCUAUAGCGCAGGAAUAUCUACAAGAAUGUUGUAUACAGGUGUUUCCCGACGAGUUCCACCUGGCGACACUGCAGCCGUUCCUGAAAUCCUGCGCUGAAUUACAGCCAGGAGUCAACAUUAAAAACAUCAUUACGGCGCUUAUUGAGCGAUUGCAGCAUUAUAGCCAGCGAAGCGAGAACGGAGUGAAUUUCGUGGUGACUGAAGACGGGCAGGAGCAGCAAGUUCAGCUCUUCGAAGUGUUCUCCGACCAGGUGGCCGCCAUUACACAGAGCCGCACCGACAUGCCUCCAGAAGACACAUUAAGUCUCCAACUCGCACUACUGAAGCUAGCUCAGCGCUGCCACCCUGACCGGCUCAACUAUGUCGACAAAGUCCUGGCACAUACAGAUACCAUCUGCAAAGAUAUUCUACAAAACAGCGGCAAAACGCACAUGGAACAGAACACCCCAGUGUUCAAAGAACUAAUGAAGAUUUUGAAGCUCCCCGGCGAACAGUACAAGGACGUCCUUACCCUAACGAAGCUGCAGCACUACAGGCCGCUUAUCGCGCAUUUACCUCACUCAGGCCGGACCACUUUGGCGGCGCACCUGGCGUCGCUGCUUAUAGACGCGGGGACCGUUGUGUCCACACCGGAGGACGUGGAGUCAGUGUUGUCGAUGCUGGACGUGCUGGUCCGCGACCAGCCCGACCAGCCCGCCAAUCCGGACCCGGACGAUUUUGCCGAGGAACAGUGGCUCUUAGCCAGAUUGAUCCAUCAGUUCAAGUCGCCAUCCGCGGACCAGCAGUACCUGAUACUGAGCGCGUGUCGCAAGGCCCUGCAAGGCGGAGGAGCGGUCAGGAUCCAGCACACCUUCCCACCGCUCUUGUUCCAUGCCUACAGAUUAGCUGAGCAGUAUAAGGAUGAGAAGGAUCAGGAUGAGAUGUGGGAGAAGAAAUGUCAGAAGAUCUUCCAGUUCUGCCACCAGAGCAUCAGCAUGCUAGUGAAGGCCGAGCUAGCUGAACUGCCUCUACGGUUGUACCUACAGGGCGCGCUGGCCAUCAGCGAAAUAGGAUUUGCGAAUCACGAAACGCUCGCCUACGAGUUCAUCGCGCAAGCCUUCUCGCUCUACGAGGACGAGAUCCCGGACUCCCGAGCGCAGCUACAGGCUCUAACGUUACUCAUCGCCACGGCUGAACAGGCCCGCUGUUUGGGUUCUGAAAACAUGGAACCAUUGCGUACAUCGUGCGCCCUCGCGGCCGGCAAGCUGCUCAAGAAACCCGACCAGGCCAGGGCCGCUGCGUUGUGCGCUCAUCUGUAUUGGAAGAGAGAUAAAGACGGCAACCCGUGGCCACUGAGUGACGCAGGGCGUGCCCUGGAGUGCCUGCGCAAGGCCGCCCGAGUGGCCGCGCAAUGUAUGGACGGCGCCGUUCAGGCACAGCUACUCGCCGAACUACUGGGGAGAUACGCUCUACUCAGGACCAGGAGACAUCCCGGACUCACUCCACAGCUCAUACACACCGUGAUCGCGAAAAUUCGUGAAGAACUUGGCAACGUGGAGGCGAGUGAGGAGGCCGAACAGAUAGCGAGGCACUUCCACAACACGCUGCGACACCUCCGGAGAUCCGCACCCGAUCUGCCGGCUUUAGACGACGCGCUCUUACAGUAGACAGACAGCGAGGCGAGCUAGCGGCCUAGCAAAGCGAGGCUCUUAAACAAUACGCUGCGAUAUACCCAAUCUGCCCGCUUUAAACGACACGUUAUUGCAGUAGGCAGACAGCAAGGCGAGCUAGCGGCCGAGCAGAGCGAGGCCCUUAAACAAUACGCUGCGAUAUACCCAAUCUGCCCGCUUUAGACGACGCGCUCUUACAGUAGACAGACAGCGAGGCGAGCUAGCGGCCGAACAGAGCGAGGCGCUUAAACAAUACGCUGCGAUAUACCCAAUCUGCCCGCUUUAAACGACACGUUAUUGCAGUAGACAGACAGCGAGGCGAGCUAACAGCCGAGCAGAGCGAGGGCCUUGAACAAUACGCUGCGAUAAACCCAAUCUGCCCGCUUAGACGACACGUUACGGCAGUAGACAGACAGCGAGGCGAGCUAGCGGCCGAGCAGAGCGAGGCGCUUAAACAAUACGCUGCGAUAUACCCAAUCUGCCCGCUUUAGACGACGCGCUCUUACAGUAGACAGACAGCGAGGCGAGCUAGCGGCCGAGCAGAGCGAGGCGCUUAAACAAUACGCUGCGAUAUACCCAAUCUGCCCGCUUUAAACGACACGUUAUUGCAGUAGACAGACAGCGAGGCGAGCUAACAGCCGAGCAGAGCGAGGGCCUUGAACAAUACGCUGCGAUAAACCCAAUCUGCCCGCUUAGACGACACGUUACGGCAGUAGACAGACAGCGAGGCGAGCUAGCGGCCGAGCAGAGCGAGGCGCUUAAACAAUACGCUGCGAUAUACCCAAUCUGCCCGCUUUAGACGACGCGUUAUUGCAGUAGACAGACAGUGAGGCGAGCUAGCGGCCGAGCAGAGCGAGGCGCUUAAACAAUACGCUGCGAUAUGCCCAAUCUGCCGGCUUUAGACGACACGUUAUGGCAGUAGACAGACAGCGAGGCGAGCUAGCGGCCGAGCAGAGCGAGGCCCUUAAACAAUACGCCAUACCUAAUCUGCCGAUAUUAAACGACGCGACUACGGUAGACAGAUAAUGAGGCACUUUCACAAUAGACUGUGACAUCUCCUUAGAUCCGCACCCGAUAGACAGACAGCGUGGCGAACUAGCGGCCGAGCAAAACGAGGCCCUUAAACAAUACGACUUCAGAAGUUGUCCUGUGCUUAACAUAAUUAUGUUUCUCGCUCUAAAAGCAACAAAUUUAUUUUAGGUCUUUAUUUACGUAACUGGUUACAAAAAAAAAUAUCUAAUUAUGUAUAUAAAAUUAUCUCAAUUAUAAUUAAUUUAAUAAACUAUACAGUUUAUAAAAUUAAUUGAUUGUUGACAAUCAAGUUAUUAUUCUUAAACAGUAUUUUGUAUAAUUAUUAAAUAAGGUUCGAUUAUAUUUUCUAUUCUAGAAAAUCUAAUACGAAAUGCCACAAACAAGUCAGCCGGGCUAGCACAUGAUUGGCGCGAGAGUAUCUCGCCGCGACAUAGACUACCCGUCCCCCUUUAAUUCAUACAGAUAGUAGAAGACAGGUAGUCUAUCUCGCGGCGAGAUACUGUCGCAUCAAUCAUGUGCUCGGCCUACUGGGCAUAGCUUUAGCUAAAUAGAUAUUAUUGGUAAAGUUUAGGGUGUUCACACACUGAGAUUUAAAAAUGUAUGUGUUGGCGGCCGAUCGUAAACCCAGGCAGAUCAUGAAAUUCCUAGGCAUAUCGUGAAAAUCAUUGUCAUUCCCUUAGUCAACCGUCCUAACAUACCGUCAAAUGUUACACAGGAACUAUACGAUCGGCCUGAUUUUAUGAUGACUCGAAGGUAUAAUCCGGCUCGAAGGACCACUUUGUUUAUAUAAGAUAGAAAUUGCUAAUGCUAAAUUACCAAUAAUUUAUUCCGUAAUAUGACAUCGUCUUAUAGGGAGCGUGCAUAAACUGUAGGUGGCAGCACAGGAGACGUCAGAUUUUUGGCGCAAGGCGUAAAUGUGUGGUUUAUGCUUCCAAAGUAGCCCACAAGAUGGCAGCACUUGCUUUGGCGUGAAGUGUCAAUGUACAUGUUUAUGGUUCCGAUUCAGGCCACAAGAUGGCAGACCCUCUAACGCGCACGGUCCCUAUAUAGGUUCUAAGCAAAGAGGAUAUAAUAAGAUAGAGCGGUACUGUCAUAGUAAAUUUUGUAACCCCAGUAAAUUCACUGCCAUCUGUCGACACUUUAAAACUAAAAAUAAAUAUUUAUAAAAAUACGAUAAAAUGUAUUUAAAUAUGGAUAAAUGAUUUUUUAUCAUUAAUUAUUUUUAUGAUUUUGACCCAUGCUGUUCUUUCACUGAUAUGCGUUAAAAUUGUUAAAUAACAAACGAAACCGUCAACGCCAUCUAUACGACAGUAGGCCAAAGCUAGUAGCGCCCUCUGAACGAGAAUCAAAAUUUCUUGAUUUUCGAGGCACGUUUUUUCCUUAGACUGUAUCCAUCUAUUACGGAGUUAUAUCUAUCUUUGAUGGCUACGAAAUAACUCGCGUUUUUAAUAAGAAAAUUAAUGUAUGGAGUUACCACUCUUAUCAUAUUGCGUUCUCAGUAUGUGAAUGCCUUAGAUCUGUAGCUGAUUUCAGAGAAAAUAUUGGUCUAUAUUAUUUAGUUGUCUUUGGCACCGAUAACAUCGAAUAAUAAUUUAUUAUAAUAAGAAACAUACCUUUAGAGGCAGGCUAAGCUAACUCUGCAGCGAUUUGAAUAGCACAUAUUGUGCAUGUGUUAUUUUAUACGUCAAGCUUGUAUGAAAACAUGACGCUUACGCAUUCUGUGCUUUCAAAAUCGUUGCAGAGUUAGCUUGGUCUUGGUGAAUAUUAUUACGUUAUAAAUAUAUGUAAGUGGUUUUGUAAAAGCAAUAUUGUAAUGUUAAUGGAAUAAACGCAAUUUGUUUUAAAAA